GGCAGUUGGGAGGAGGGGCGCUGCGGAUUCAAAACGAGGACGCAACACCGCAAAAUGGUUGGGAAAUAUUUGUUUCCCUCGGCGACGACAAUGCAACAACGCAGGGCCCCUUAACCGCGACCUGGGGGCGCAACGCUCCUCAUACCCCUGGCGAUGGCUCAUCUUGUACUGUUCACUGUGGUACCAAUCAUCGACUUAAAAGUUCUGCUGAAGUGCGCUGCCUGCUAGUUACUCGGGCUUCUUCGCAAGGAGGGAGGCGAAGAGGAGAGGAGAGGGGUGCGCAGCACAACAGCCCUCCUUGGAGCCUGCCUACUGGACAAAAGCGCCGUCCUCCAACAAAGCGCCGCGGGACUCUUCAUCGAGACCAAGUCGGAGCCAGCAGUGGAAUGAACUUGGAACGGCAGUAGUGCGCCUCUCUGCAGAACCCAAGCUGUGGCGGACCAGCGGAGACCAGAGGGCAACUGAACACGGCUGCCUGCGCGAUGCUUCAUCGCAAAGGCAGGCCUACGCCUGCAGCGCCCAAGCCCUGGCGGACCAGCGGAGGCCAGAGGGGGGCACAGCAGAGCCAUGCUACCGAAGAGCCUGGGCCCUGGUGGACCAUCGGAGGCCAGAGGGGGGGCAAGGCAUUGAGGCCUCGUACCCAGGAGCGCCUGCUGACUCUAGGCCAGGGAGAGAAGCGGUGCGAGCGCGAGUGCAGGGCAGGCUGCAGACUGUGACAUCCAGAAGCACGCACCACUGAAUUCCAAGCUUCAACUUAAGUCGCCAAUACACACGGCACAGGAUGAGGAGGAGGAUGAGGAGGAGGAGGAGGGAGGAGGAGGAGGAGGAGAGGAGGGACGGAGAGGGGAGGAGGGACACUUCGCCAAGCCUCGAGGCUCGGCCACGCGCCGCGCGAAAGGCUCAGAUGGACGCGCUGGUGAAGCCGCGGCAGACGUACUCCAGCGCCUUACACCAGGAGCUCGGGCUGCGGAUGCUCGUGGACGAAGCCGCCCAGGCCCGCCCCGCCGAUGAGGAUGGGCUUGGGGUCCGCUUGGAUCUGGGCUGGCGCCGCCCAGUAGUGGAACAUCAGCGGCAGGAAGCCGUCCAGGAGCAAGUUCUGGGCCGGCGUCCACUCCACGCCGAACUCCUGGCACGUCUCCCUCAGGGCCGACUCGCAAGCGAUGUUGGCGAAGCCGGACUCCUGACGUGGUGGGCCCUGUGGCACCCGAGGCGAGCCGUGAGGAAGAUGUCCACAUGCUCGAUGCCCUUGACAUGCGUGUCCAGGGCGUGCUGGACCCAGGAGACGCCCCAAUCGGGGUCUCUGUACUCCUGCUCUUCCCGCACCACCUCGAAAUCUUGCGAGGACACGAUCUGAAACAUACUGGACCACAUGGCGACAGCGAAUUGCAAGAACCACCAAUGCAACAGCCCGCGCAACGCUGCCCGGAAGAGCUCCCAAUCCAUGUACAGGUGUAUCAACCGGUUCCCCUUGCGCAACUUCUCGAAAAGCGUGAAAGCCGAAGCGCAGCAGGUGCCCGGUGAAGAAUCCCCCGAAUUUCUGCGCGGCGAGUAUCGGAAUGCGCCAGCGCCGAGGAAGCGUGACCAUGUAGUUGGGAAAUCAUGCUUCUAGGGGUUCAUGAGGAGGGGACUUGGGACGAGAAGGUGUGCUGCAGCAUCGUUGAU